GUCGUCUUGCGUGCUGUUGGCAGAGGCGCUGUACUGUAGAUCACGUCGUAGACUGAUUCUCCGGCAAUGGACGGCAUUGUCAGUGAUGUUACAGUUGGCGUAAAGAGAGGAUCAGACGAGCUGCUGUCAAGCAGUCUGUACAACAGUCCAAGCUCUGGUAUGAGCAGUAUUGUCACUGCUAACGGAAAUGACAGCAAAAAGCUAAGAGUGGAAGACAGGAUGGACUGCCCCCCCUCGCGUGUCCUCCACAUUCGAAAACUUCCCAACGAGGUGUCAGAGACAGAGGUCAUCGCCCUGGGGCUGCCUUUUGGGAAAGUCACCAAUAUCCUGACGCUCAAAGGAAAGAACCAGGCGUUCUUGGAACUUGGGACAGAAGAGGCCGCAAUGACAAUGGUGAAUUAUUACACUGCUGUGACCCCUCACGUCCGUAACGUGCCUGUUUUCAUCCAGUACUCCAAUCACAAAGAGCUCAAGACCGACAGUGCAGGAAACCAGCGUGCGCAAGCUGUCCUUCAGGCUGUGUCGGCUGUCCAAGCAGGAGGCACGCCCACGUCAGGCACGACCGCUAGCGAGAGUGCGCUAACACCUGCCCCCAGUCCUGUGCUCAGAAUAAUCAUUGACAACAUGUUCUACCCCGUCACUCUGGAUGUCCUUCAGCAGAUCUUUUCGAAGUUCGGAACCGUCAUGAAGAUCAUCACAUUCACAAAGAACAAUCAGUUUCAAGCUUUGCUGCAGUUUAACGAUCCCGUCAACGCCCAGCAAGCCAAACUUGCCCUGGAUGGCCAGAACAUCUACAACGCCUGCUGCACGCUGCGCAUCGACUUCUCCAAGCUGGUAAACCUAAACGUCAAGUACAACAACGACAAAAGCCGGGACUACACGAGACCGGAGCUUCCGGCUGGGGAUGGCCAGCCAGCUGUGGAUCCGUCAGUGGCCGCCGCCUUCAACAAGGACUCGUCGUCCCUGCUUGGUACUCCAUCUGGAAUGGUAGCUCCCUAUUCUAGUGGUGGAGGGUUUCCGUCUUCUCUUGGCUUUGCACAGGGUGGAGGGGCACUGAGUCCGCUUAGUGCAGCGGCCGCGGCGGCCGCAGCUGCUGGGAGGGUGGCGCUGUCUGGACACUCGGGCACCAGCGGCGUGCUGUUGGUCAGCAAUCUCAACGAAGAGAUGGUUACGCCCCAAAGUCUGUUUACCCUCUUCGGCGUUUACGGUGAUGCUCAACGCGUGAAGAUCCUGUACAAUAAGAAAGACAGUGCACUAAUACAAAUGGCAGAUGGAAAUCAAGCCCAGCUAGCAAUGAGUCAUCUAAAUGGUCAAAAGAUGUACGGAAAGAUCAUUCGAGUGACCUUGUCGAAACACCAGACGGUACAGUUACCUCGAGAAGGCUUGGAUGACCAGGGGCUCACCAAGGACUUCACCAACUCCCCUCUGCAUCGCUUCAAGAAACCAGGGUCCAAGAACUUCCAGAACAUCUUUCCCCCGUCUGCAACCCUCCACCUGUCUAACAUCCCACAAGACGUAACCGAAGAAGACCUCAGAGUACUGUUCUCCAACACCGGUGGCACUGUGAAAGCCUUCAAGUUUUUCCAGGAUCACAAAAUGGCAUUGCUGCAGAUGUCGACUGUUGAAGAGGCAAUCCAAGCCCUGAUAGACCUCCACAAUUACAACAUGGGCGACAACCAUCACCUGCGCGUCUCUUUCUCCAAAUCAACCAUAUGAGCAACGCGACGAAGCGGUCCAUGUCCUGGCGUGCUCGGGCGCCGUAACGUGUUGACUGUUUCCGGACAUUGGGGACCAGUUUGACCUUUUUAAGUUGCAUCAGUCAUUCCUUAAAGUGUGGAUUAUCACAAAAGCAAACCUUGGUGAGAAAGCAUUUAUACAAGCGUGCUUUCGAGACGGUUCCCACUCACCUUCCCUCCUUCAUAUGUUAGGCAAGCCAUUAACCUCUUCCCAUUUCCUCAUAUGAAGGAAGCAAGUUGGUUCCUCUUUUUAUUAAAAUUAGUUGACAAGACACGUGCCUUACUUGACAAAAUAGUAUCAUCUUUUACAUCAGUAGAACUGGUCGUAGUCUAUUUGGGCACAUUGGAUCUGAUGGUAUAUGAUGUGGAUUUGUAAAAAAAAAAAAAAAAAAACGUUAUUUUUUUCCCAUGUGUCUGUACAGUUUGUGAAGUUCUGCCACUUGAAAGUGUAUUAUUGAUUAACUCUUUGAUUUAUUUUAAGGUGAUUUUUUUUUCCCCUCCUUUUUUGUGUUCCUAAAAAUUCAUUGUGUGCGUUACAGAAUGAGAAUCAGAAAAGUUGGAAGAAUGGAUGGUGGUGAAACUAAUGAGUACGCCACGAUUCUGCAGUAUAUAUUGUUUGGCGUUAUCCUGACACCAGCGGGAAAAGCUUUAUCCUUGGUAUAUAAUGUCAGUGAGAUCACUUCCUCCACCCCCCGCCCCCCUGUUUUAUUAUUAAUUUUUUUUUUUUUUUUUUUGGAAAAACCUUGUUUACACAUUGCACCCAACUAUGGAGUAUAGUAUAAAUGUUGCUCGUGACUGAAUAUACUUUAGGUGUUCUUCAGCCUUCCCUAUGUGCAUCUUUGUUGCCAUUUUCAGUUUGUAUUUGGAGAUUACAAAUGGCUGUGGUUUUCUGAGCAUGUAAUGACUGGUCUAGUUAGUUCUGGGACAAACUGCUGUUGCAUGCAUUUGUAAAAAGCUAACAGAAGUGAGCCUAUAGUGAUGUCAUCGUGUGGCAGUUUUUUUGAAGAGGACAACCUGGUGGGACCAAAGUUUAUGUGCCUUUAGUCUUAAUUUACAUUGCAUUGUAAAGAAAAAUCUGUUUUAUUGAACCUCUGAAAUAUUUUGUAUUUCAAAAAGAACCAUUCAGACUUUAUAGCAAACAUGGCUCAGAAUCGACAGGAGAAUUCUUCAGACGGUUGCUUUGUGAUCACAACUGUAUCCAGCCCUGUUUCAGGAAUGAAUCAAUACCCCUCCACGUAACCCCCCACCCCACACCCCCAGAUACAGUCAGUGUAUCUAGUAAAAAGAACAUUUUUCAAGAUUCAAUGGCUGUCUGAUAAAUAAAAGUCAUGUAUAUUUUCUAUAUUAGUUGAGUUUUUACAUCUUUAGAAAUGUAAAAUUCAGUAUAGUUUGGAAGCGGCACAAUUAAAAGUGAAUUUUCUAACAAGUCGGGAGGUUUGAUGGCUGUGUGUGGUUUCUCUCUGCGUGUACUCUGCUUUACCUCUGUAGCAUGCUCAAUAAACACUUCUGUAGCUCUGUAUUCUCCUCUUCUCUGUCUCUAUGCUGCCUCUCUCUUUC